CAAUUUACAUUUAUCUUAUAUUACAUUUCAUUUCGUUUCAUUUCUUUCCUUUUCUUUUCUUUUCAAAUGGCUGAUCCCACUCCUUCAAUGCUUCUUGACAAGGGCGACACAGCUUAUGUCUUGGUUUGCGUUACCUUUGUCUUUUUGAUGGCACCUGCACUAGGAUUCUUUUACGCUGGACUCGCUCGAGCAAAAAACGCAUUGUCAUUAAUGUACCUCACCGUCCUAUCAGUAGCAGUCGUCUCCUUUCAAUGGUACUUGAUUGGUUACUCGCUCACAUUUUCCAACACUGGCGGUGUCUUUAUUGGUGAUUCAGCUCACUUUUUACUUCGUGGAGUCGGAGAACUUCCUCAAAUAGCAUCGCACACAAUUCCAGCCUCAGCCUUUAUGAUAUUUCAGGCCAUGUUCGCAUGUCUUACGCCAGCCCUCGCAUUUGGUUCUGCAGCAGAGCGCAUGUCUCUUGGACCAGCUAUGCUUUUUAUCUUUGUGUGGACUACUCUUGUCUAUGACAUCAUCACAUACUGGGUAUGGUCUCCAAAUGGCUGGUUAGCUGUCAUGGGCGUUAUGGACUAUGCAGGUGGAAUCACUGUGCACAUUUCAAGUGGUUUAGCUGCAGUCGCAUAUGCUGUAGUUCUAGGCAAACGUCGAGAUUACAACCAAAACGUUAAUACACCUCACAAUGUCUCCUUUGUAUUUCUUGGAAUGGCUCUCCUUUGGUUCGGUUGGUUUGCAUUUAAUGCAGGAAGUGCAUUGGGCGCAAAUGCCCGCAGUGUAAACUCCUUAAUCGAUACCCAUCUUUCGGGUUGCGUUGGUGCAAUCGUCUGGGUUCUCAUGGAUUACAGACACACUCGCAAGUGGAGUAUCAUUGGUCUCUGCACCGGUGCCGUGGCUGGUCUGGCAACAAUCACCCCAGGAUCUGGAUUUGUUUCCCCAAGCAGUUCCCUUGCCUUUGGUGCUCUGGGAUCCAUUGUCUGCAACCUUGCAGUCCAAUACAAACACAAAUACAGAUUCGACGAUGCACUUGAUGUAUUUGCAGUGCAUUACAUCGGUGGCCUUGUUGGUCUACUUCUCACUGGUAUCUUUGCCCAGCGCUCAAUCAUUGCUCUCGGUUACCCUGAUGACACUCCCUGGGACUCCCUUCCCAAGGGUGGUUGGUUAGAUGGUCACUGGAUGCAGGUUCCCAUCCAACUUGCUGCAAUCGGCUCUGUUUCUGCCUGGUCUUUUGUUGUAACUUACAUUAUCCUGAUCGUCAUCAACCUCACUCCCUUCCUCCGCCUUCGAUUGAACGACGAAGACGAAUUGAUCGGUACUGACUGGGCAGAAAUGGGCGAACGUGCCUACGGUUACCUUCCUUUCGAAGAAGAGCAGCUUGGACAAAACUGCUCU